UGCAUACCGACGUUUCUUUUUCUUUGUGUGUGAAGUCACCCAACCGCAAGUCCGACGAAACCUAAAGUCCAAACAAAAGAUCAGAAUCGAUUCUCCUAUUUCUUAACGACAAAAACCCUCUUUAAUCCCACUCAAAUCUUCAUUUUCUCAUAAAAAUAUCCUAAAUUUAUCAAUUAUUAUGACUUCCAACGGAGCGCCUCUUGCAGAUGCUGAUACGAAGAACAGCUUGGAGAAGAUCAAAAGACAGCUGGCGUCUAGCUCCGGCAGAAAUUUGUUGCAAGGCCCUCUUCUCAAAAGAUCGGAAACGCUGAGAAAAUGGAAUGAGAGGUGGGUGAUUUUAGAUCCGACAACUGGGAAAAUGGAGUACAAGUUACGGAGAAAUGAACCAACGGUGAAAGGAACCAUGGUAUUUGAUGCAAAUAGUACUAUAACAAUAUCUCCUGUGAACUUCCAGGGACUGCCGAAGUAUGAUGGCUGCUGUUUCUAUAUUGGAACGCCACAGAAAAAAGAUUGUUUCCUUUGUGCAGAAACUCCUGGUGCUGCUAAAGCAUGGGUAAAAACUUUACAUGCAACACAAUUGGUUCUAAAGGCUCAUAAAGAGGCUGUGAAUACCUUAAGCGGGAAUGGAUCCACAAAACUAGGAACAGUUGCCACUGUAGUUGCUGCUGCUAAUUCAACAGCCCUGGAGGCUUCUAAAGAAAUUGAAGCGGCAAUGCAGAUUUCCAUGAGGAAUGCCUUGGGAGUGAUGUUAAAUAAAACUCCUGAUGCUCCUAUGGAUGAUUUGUCAAUUAUGAAGGAAACACUAAGGGUGAAGGAUGAAGAGCUCCAAAAUUUGUCAAGGGACCUUCGUGCUAGGGAUUCAACAAUAAAAGAGAUAUCAGAGAAACUGUCUGAAACCGCUGAAGCUGCUGAAGCUGCAGCAUCUGCUGCUCAUACCAUGGAUGAGCAAAGGAGAAUUGCAUGCGUUGAGAUUGAGCGCUUAACAAGAGACUCAGAGAAACGUCUCGAGUCAUCUACAUUGAAGUUGAGAGAAUUGGAAGAAAAUAUUACGACUCUAAGCAGGGAAAGAGAUCAAUUGAUAAAACAGAGAGAUUCCGCCCUUCAGGAAGCACAUUUGUGGCGUACUGAGCUUGGAAAAGCUAGAGAACGUGUUGUAAUAUUGGAAGGAGCUGUUGUUCGAGCAGAAGAGAAGGUCAGAGUUACAGAGGGUGAUGCUGGAGCUAAAAUAAAGGAAGCAAUGGAAAGAGAAGCAGCUGCUGCUAAGGAGAAGCUGGAACUGCUUGAGUACAUAGAUAAGCUACAAGAGCAGCUAAAAAGGCAGCAGGUUGAAACCAGGCAAGUCAUCGAGGAGAAGACCGAGUCUUGCUCGGGCAUGGGUGGUGACUUACCAAGGACAAAGCAUGUGAAUCCAUCAGAAGAGAAUGUGGACAAAGCAUGUCUGAGUGUUACAAAGGCAUUACCUGAACCUGCAGAGAGUGAAUGGAGUGAUAUUCAGACGACAGAGGCAACAAUAGCUGAUGUAAGAGAGGUUUCCCCUGAUACAGAAAGAAGCAGUCUCGAUAUACCUGUGGUUACUUCCCCUGUCAAUGGCCACCACGAGCAUUCCUCUUCUCACCAACCUUAGUUUUUAAAGCUCUUGUUAACUCAAAAGACCAUGGGCUUGCAGGAUCAAAAGGUCAGUUAACAAGGAAAAUCAAUAUUUAUCGACAUAUAUAUUCGUUCACAUGUUUUAAUGCCUCAGUUUGGUCGACUCACAUCCUUGUGUGUUUUGGUAAUCUUAAUGAAUUUGAGUAUUAAACGCCUGUAAAAUUUGGGGCCAUACAAUCAACUGCUGUUUCAUACCGGUUGAGUCCAGAAAGUCACUAGGAUGUAAAUUUUCUCUCCGUUUUAUUUUACAUCAAUACUUACAUGUUAUCAAUAUAUAUCUUUGCUGGUGUGCCA